AUGCCUCGUCUCCUGAGAGAUGCCUUCUGUGUAAUUGAGACAUUUCACAAGUAUGCCAGUGAGGACAGUGACGGGGCGCUGCUGACUUUCGGGGAGCUGAGGCAACUCCUCCAUGAAGAAUUUGGGGACUUUCUUCAGCCACGUGUCACUCGUGCUGUGGAGAGAAACUUGAAUCUUCUGGGUAUUGACAGUGAUGGCACCAUCAGUUUUGACGAAUUUGUUCUUGCAAUCUUCAACUUGUUGAAUCUCUGUUAUCUUGAUGUACAAACAUUACUGAGUUCAGAACCAAGACAAGUGUCUAAACCAGAGAAGGGGAAGCCAUAUGGUGUGGAUCUUCAGGCGACCACCAGAAAUAGUCAGCAGACAGCAGGAACUCCAUCAACUCAAAAACAGUUAGUGCUCCCUUCAGGAAUGGCAUCGUCAUCUCAGCUCAUCCAUGGAGAGAGUGGAGCAGUUAGACACAAUAAGGUGAACCGAUGGGGAGAUGCCGAGACUCACAACCCUCCAGAAGAAGCAUCUGAGCACAAGGGCCCUAAGAACCAACACCUGGAAGGAGAUAAACAGAGCCAGGAAGUGGUCCAACAUGUACCAGCCACAGAAGAAAAUGAGGCCCAACUUAAGAUAAAUAAGCCAAUGGCAGGAUCAGAACAGACCAGCAGUCCCACAAGGGGAGAGGGACAGGACAAGGAGAUCCCCAGGAAGGGAGAUAAACCAGCCACAGAACAAAGUGGCACCAAGACAAGGGAUCAGUUUGGGGAAAAGGAAGGAAGCUUUGGAACCCAAAGUUCUCCACCAGAAGAAACAACACAGAGACCAUCUGAAGAUCAGGAAGUUGCAGCAAAAAGAGUUGUUAAGAAACAUGCUAAAACACAAGAACCACCCCUGCAAGGAGAAGAUGAACCCAUUUCAGAGCACGCUGACCUGCCAGAACAAGCUACUGCUAGGAAACCAUCUCACACUCAGAGAUCAACUGAUCCUGAGGAUGGCAGUAGAACAUCUGAGACUCAGGAACCAGGAAAGGACGCUGAGAGGAUACGACCUGAGACAAAGAAUUCAGAUGGACCUGAGGAUCACGGUACAACAUCUGACACCCAAGAAUCACCAGCACAAGAAAAAGAAUGUGAAGCCAAAGGCUCUCCAGCCCAAUGUGGUAGCACAGAUGGUUCAGAAACACCUGAUGUUAGAGCUGAAAGGAAAGAGGGGAGAGGCUCUGAGGCCCAUGGAACAGCAGGGCAGAAAGAAAGUGAGAGAAAAAUUCAGCCACCAGCCCUGGAAUCCCAAACACAUGAUGAUAGGAAGUAUCAGCAACUCCAGGGAUCACCAAAGGAAAAAGACACUGAAAAGGGUUCUGAGACACAAUAUCUAAGUUCAGAAGGUGAUCAGAAUCACCCUAAAACUGAAGGAUCAGCAGUCUCAGGAGAAGAGGCAAGACAGGCUGAGGAAGGUAAAGCAGAAGCAUUUGUGAACAGCAACAAUGGCUCCGCAGCAGAAGGAACACUAGGAGCAAAAGAAAGAACACAAGAAUCAGCAUCACUUGAGAACCAGUCAGAAGUAGAAAGUAAUGGGGUCACCAACCUAAUCAAAGAGGAUGAUGGUCACCAGGGGGAGGGUCCUGAGUCAUCAGUCACACAGAAUGAUGAGGGGUCUUCUGAAACUUCCAACAGCCUGGCUCCAGAGGAAGAUAACAGCAGCUCAGAGACAGGUGAACUGCCUGUGCGAGGAGGUCAUAAUAAUAACCCAGAUACACAGAAACAGGGAGCACCAGGUGAGAAAAACAGAGCUUGGGAGGCAGUGGUGCGGGCAGUCCAAGGAGAGGAUGUGCAGCUCACAGAGGAACAGGAACAGCCUACCAGAGGAAAACACAAGAGUCACAGCUCAGGGACCAAAGGCCCAGGUGCAGCUGCAGAGCCCAGUGGAUACCUGGAGGCACAGGAGUACACAGCAGGAGGCAAAAUGAGAAAGUCCCCAGGCACAGAGAUCCCGGGCACCUUGGAUGCAGACUUCACUGGCUACAUAUCCACAACACAGCUCCCUGAAAAGGGAGACAGCAAGAAAGAGCUAAGGGGCCUGAGUACCAAAGAAGAGGAAGGUGGAACAUCAGAGACCCAGGAUACACUGCUAAAAAGUCUGGAUGAGGACAAUUCAGCCUUCCCCAAGACAUACCUUGAAACAGAGGAACCUGUAAAAUUGGAGGAGGAGGAUGAAGGUCCCCAAGAGCUGGCAAAAGAAGGUGAUGACCAACAAAGUCCCACCAAGAAAGAGUACCGCUCCUCAGUCCCCCGGUCAGGCCUUGAAGAGAGGAUGCAGAGAUACUGAGAGCCCUAUGCUGUGGAGAGGGGUGCCUUCUGUUACAGUCCACGAUACGAGGACCAACAGGAGAAGAUACUGCAGAAAACAAACAUAAUCCAAGAGGAGCAUCCAAAUCAAUCUCAGACAGCACAGGCAUCAGGUCCAGAGCUUUGCAAAGACCAAUCAAGAGCAUCCCUCACCAGCGAGAUCUCAGGUUGUCCUGCCUUUUUCAACCACAGCCAAGCAUCUCAACAGUACACCACGGAACUUCUGCCUGAUGAGGAUCCUGCUGAUGCACAGCAAAUACAGCAAACAUCAGCUCCCCAGGCCUCGGAAGAUAAGCAGAGUCACCCUUAGAAAGAGGAAACAGUACCAAAAUUGGAAGCAAGCAUCACAAAGAAGUGA